CAGUUGUCAUGCGCACACAAUAGUUAAUUUGUUGCUGUUCCUGACCAAUCCUCCACGCCUUGUCCGUUUGUCUGUUGCAGUUGAGAAAACUUUUGUCCAAGCAGCUAAUUCAAGCAAAGCCUGUGUGUAUUUACAGCGAGAGCCAUGUCAGAGGAAGAAGCACAAAUAGUACCUCCCACUACUGAGGAGACCCCAGCAGCUACUUCAGAGGAGACUCCAGCAGAAACUCCAGCAGCUACUUCAGAGGAGACACCAGCAGAAACUCCAGCAGCUACUUCAGACGAGACACCUGCUGCCACUGAUGACCAGCCAGCCGUGACAGAGGUCACCGAGGUCACUGUUACUGAGGACGCACCCACAGACGAGGCGGCGACACCCAAAGAUGGUGAGAAGCCACCUAAAGAAGAGAUGAUAGAAGAGGUACCCAAAGAUGAAAAGAAGAAAGAAGCGAAACCAAAGAAACCCAAGGAGCCCAAAGCCUCCAAGGUAGUUGACUACAGAACAUCAAAGGAAGGAUGGGUACAGAAGCAAGGACUGCUGUUCAAGAAGUGGAAGCGGGAGUACUUGUCUCUGGAUGAGGAGGACAGUGUACUGCGUUGGUGGAAGAAUGAGAGCAGGUCUAGCCUGGAUGCAGCACUCUACAUGAAGUACUGUGCUGAUGUGUCUGAGCCCAAGGCAGAGGCCACCACCACUUGGCCUGACGACACUGCCAACCGCUGCUUUGUAGUGUGCUCCCCUUACAGAGCCUUCUUCAUUGUGGCUGAAUCACCAGAGGAGAAAGAUGACUGGAUUCAGAAGCUAACAGCUGCUAAGGAGAAGUGGAACACUGAAGGACGCAAAGUGAUCUCAACUGAACUGAUCUCCGGAGCAUCUAUCAAGGGUGCCUUUGACUCUGCGGCUGCUGAUGCUGAUAAGACACUCAAAGAGGAGGGAGUAGUGAAGGAGAAGACAGAGGAAGCUCCUGCUGCUACUGAAGGUGAGACAGCACCUGCUGAGGCCGAGGGUGGGGUCGUUACCGUGGAGGUUGAUGUUGAAACACCGACCACUGAAGAACCCAAACCAGCUGAAGAGGCACCUAAAGAUGAAACUCCUACAGAAGAGGCACCAAAGGACGAAACACCAGCUGAGGAGGCACCAAAGGACGAAACACCAGCUGAGGAGGCACCAAAGGACGAAACUCCCACUGAAGAGGCACCAAAGGACGACACACCUGCCGAAGAUUCACCUAAAGAUGAAACUCCUGCAGCAGCUGAAGGUGAAGCAGAGGUCAAAGCAGACGACUAACCACUGUAUAUAUACACAAGAAAAAUUGUAACAAGCUAUCACCAGCUGUGAACUUAAUUAUGCAUAUCUUUAUCUGUUAUUAUAGGCACCCAAUUUAUUUGCGAUUUUUUUACACAAUUUUUCGUUAAUCCUUGCAUGCCACCCUUUUUAGCUCAACGUUUAAAAAUUUUUGUGUGAAUAAAUUGAUAUCUCAAACUUA